CACAGAAGUUUUUUUUCAACAUCGACAUCGACAGACAAAAUGAAUAUUAUUUAGAACAAGACGAACAGCGCGCGGGCGGAAAGAUUUGCGUCAUCCUCCAGCGCACGUGCACGUCGAGCACUUACCCUUUAAAAGAAACGCCCACAAAGUCAAAGCCAAGAUGGUGCCUGCCACUAGUACGAACACUCCGGCGGAACGAAUCCAAAAAGCAUCUUCAGAGCAACAAGACGGUGACAACUACAGUCCAACUACACUGCUGAACGCGUCUUCCUUGUCAGCACGCGCGUGGCCACGUCGUAGCACAAGUGCUGGUCCCCCAAGCUGUGCGUCGGCACCGGUGAGGC